UGAGCAUUGAGCUACAUCAGUCCAGUAAUCUUCUGCAUAAUGUGGUUAGUAGUUUGGGCUUUAACUUGUUAAUAUGGUUCUUCCAUUUCAAGAGGAUUGUUUAAUUGAGAAAACAUGCAAAUUUGCUUUGUCAAUUUGCAGGGUUUUGUGGUUUUUCUGUCUGCUCAUUGGAAGCAUCAGCUGCUUUCCUCAACAAGGAGGCAGUGGUGUUCCUUCUCCCAUGUGGCUUCCACGUUCAUAUUCUGGACAAGCUCCAUCAAAGCCAGUCUAUGAGGGAACCUCUGAGCAAGCUGGUGGUCUGGACAGUUACAGCAGUUUUCCUUGGUCUUAUGGCAGCAACACUGCUGGAGGUCCUUCAGACAGUGGCAGCUCUGAGGCCACAUGGUAUACUGCAAUGUCCUCUGGACAGGAACCAUCCAAGCCAUCCCAUCAGAAACCUACAGGACAAUCCAGCACUUAUGGCAGCUACAGUGGCCCUUACACUGCUGGGGGAGCCCACAGUUUCUCUGGCUCUCAGCAGUACGGUGCACAGAGCAGUCAGUCUGGAGGGGCUGAGCAGGAAAGCUGGGGAUCUUCAUCUGAUGGCGAGGAUGAGGACGAGCCCGUCUUCACUCCAGUGAGUGAGGAGGAUCAGGUGCACGCUUCAAAGUCUCGUUCUCGCUACAACCAGAAGCGGCUGCUGUUCAGUCAGUUCCGCUACACCCCAACAGAACCACGACAGCCUCAGGAGCCAGUGUUUCCACACACGGGUAAAACAUCUCAACACGGCAAAGGUCCAGUCAAAGGAGGCUACUGAAAAUCCCUGUGGUGAUACUGUCAAUAAGUAGCAUGUGUGGUCUGUGGAGCCGCUGGCAACCACUGACUGUUCAGGUUCACCUUCAGAAAAGCUGUUCCUUUCGGCAAAUAAAAUGGUGUUUGAGAACA